AUGGCUCAGAAACAUUCUCAUGUCCCAAAAAUUGGUAACUGGGAUAAAGAUAAUAUCCUAUACACAACCUACUUUGAGAAUGCACGCAAAGAGAAAGCAGGAAAACACAAUAUUGAGGGAUAUGUGGGGCACAAUCCUCAAAGGAGACAGAGAAGUAUCAGGUCAGAAUCUGGAAAUAAAAGCCAUUCUGAUUAUUCACAUCUAAAGCCUGGUCACAGACCUUUAAAAUCUGAUCAAAAGAAGAGUCCCAGCAGAGGAAGUAACAGCUUCUAUCCAUCACGGCAUCAUGGAACAGCUUUUGUACCCAAAUUUGGGGCUUGGGAUGAAGCUGACCCGAAAUCAGGUGAACGUUUUACUGUCAAAUUCAACAAAGUGAAGGAGGAGAAACAACUUUUUCCUACCAGGUUCCCAACUGUGAAUUCACAAGCAAUAAGUCUUGCAGAUGGUCAGAGUAAUGAUACUGCAGCUUCUCCCUCCAAAUCAAAGGGGAGAGCAGAAGUCCCUGUAGAAACCGGAGACCUUAUGUUUCGGUUUCGGUUCCUACCCAUAACUGACUCAUUUCGGACCAAGUAG